CGCGAACCGCUUCGGUUCGCGCGUGGCAAUCCGUAAAAAGGUGUUUCGGAUGCUUUUGCCAAAGCAUGCAUGCAAUCAUGAUUAUCUUAUGGACUUUUUUCGUCUUUUCUUUUUCUGUUUUGUUGGUCAAUAUUGUAAUUGUUGGUGUUGUUGUUGUUGUUGUUGUUUUUGGACUCGGUCAGACCGAUUCCCAACCUGGGGCAUCAAAUCGCUGAUUCAAUUCCAGGCAUGAUGUCAGAUUGAUAGUGAGAUAUCGCGAUAAAUUCCAGUAAUCAUGACUUUGGUUUAAUAGGUAGACACGAUGACUUGCACCACAGCUAU